AUGCCUCUCCAUCGGGAAGAGUCUUUUGCCUCCAUAUCCGACCAAUUGGCUCAACUCGUUGCCAUAACUAUCGCCAACAACAACCGCCUCGAUGCCAUCAUCGCCAAGUUAACCGAAACCACUACAAUCCUUACUACGACAUUGAUCGUAAGCACAAAUAUGGGGGCUAUCAUGUCACAACCGCCACCACCAUCGUCUCCACCAUCAGUGACAUCCAUAUCACAAUCGUUGCUACUAGCAACACCGACAUCUCCAUCGAUAACACCGCCAACACCACCACCAUCACCAAUCCAAUUGAAGAUAAAACCGUUAUUGCCACCAUCGCCAAAGGUCCCGCUCCAACCGAUAACACCGCCAACACCACCACCGUCACCAAUCCAAUUGAAGAUAAAACCGUUAUUGCCACCAUCGCCAAAGGAACCGCUCCCACAACCGCCAUCGACAACUACCUAUGGACAUAUCCGACAUCUGAAGAUCUUUUUCCGUCAGUUUGACGAAUGUUUCAACACCCUCUUUACUCUAAACAUUUAUUUGUUGGACCUCGAGGACGAGGUCAAUUUUAAGGGCGGAGGAAUUGAUACGUGUCUAGGGUUAUACCCGAGGCCACCUCCAUGGCCCAACUGGAUUGAUAAUAUGGUUCACACGUCGGCAUUACUUUGCAAUUGA